UUUUCACUUCUACUCAUUCAUCUUCAAUUUCCCAUUUGAUAGUUCCAAAUAAAACCCUAUCUGAACAGAACCAUCUAAUACUUUUCAAUCUCCAACCUCUCCCAAUCAAACAUGUCUCUGAGCCCACCUCGCGAAAGAGACAUUGACAUCAACAAUGGCAGCACAACCUACCAGCUCUACUGGUGCUACCAAUGCAAUCGAACGGUGAGGAUCACCUCCACCACCAACCCAUCAGAGAUAGUCUGCCCUCGUUGUUUUGGACAGUUCCUCUCGGAGUUUGACAUGUCAAUCAGGCCUAGAGAUCUCCUAGACUACACCGACUUCGAUCCUUCCCCAGAAGCUCGUUUGCUGGAAGUACUUUCUCUCAUGUUCGACCCUCCUAUGGGUGCUUUCAACCAUGGAUUGGAUGACCCAGAAGCAGACGCAAGAGAACGUCCCUGGUUUUGGCGACGCCAACUUGGUCAAGAGGGAAGAGGCAUGGAAGCAGAAACUCAAGAGUCGAGGACAAAUAGGCGCAGGCGACGCAACCCUAGCUUUGAUGGUAGAGAGAAUUGGGACCCAGAACCCGAACCCCGUGCUCGAAAUCGUCCUAGGACUUGGAUUAUAGUCCGUCCCAUCGAGGAUCCUCCUAGUUCGCUGGGCCCCAUUCCCAGCUCACAAGAAAAUCCAAUACUACCAGUGCCACGUGGAGUCGAACUUGGAAACUACUUUUUUGGGUCGGGUCUCCAAGGACUAAUCGAAGAGCUGACCCAAAACGACAGGCCCGGCCCGCCUCCAGUACCGGAAACAGACAUCAACGCAUUACCAACAGUGAAAAUCACAGAGACCCAUUUGAGCAACGACCCUUGUUGCCCAGUUUGCAUGGAGGAGUUUAAAGUUGGCGCAGAGGCGAGGGAGUUGCCAUGCAAUCACAUAUACCACAGCGACUGCAUUGUUCCAUGGCUGAGGCUGCACAACUCUUGCCCAGUUUGCCGGGUCGGGAUUCCGGUUUGUGGCGACGGGUCGGAGGAGUCGGAGGGUUCGAAUAAUGAGAGGAGGAGUCAGAGGUGCUUGAGUUGGAGUAGGCUGAGGUCUCUGUGGCCAUUUCGAGCAAGGUAUAGAAGAAUUCAACCACAGGGGGAUAAUGAGCAACAUAGUGCUGCUACUUCUGCUUCUAGAGUUGCUGAGCCAUGGUGGCGUUCUUGCACUAUCCUCUAAACCCCCAAGUGGAUCUGGACAACAUUACAUCAGAGAUUCAUGUUCCAAUAAUUUUGGAGGCUCUUAGGCGCUCACCUCUAUCCCUCAGGUGAGCAGAACAAUAUAACCACCAGCACACAUUUACGUUUCAGAAUAUUGGAAUUAUCACAUACAGCAGAAGCAAGGGCUUCCCAAAACUUGCUUAAAAAUCAAACUGGCCCCAUGUUUAACCUAUAAUAACUUAUUCAGCAGGAGCAGACUGGUCCUUCAC